CAUUGCACUCACUCUCUUCAAAUUUACCAAUUUGAGCUUUAAAGUUGGCAAUGCUGUUUAAACUGAGUGAGCUAAGGUAAACCAGACAUAGACCGCAACCGUCACCGGGCAAUAGAAAAGUAGUUGAACCUCUCUAUUAAACAUUUUUUUCGCAGCUAAAAUCCAAACAGCCAUAAACCCCUCUCAUCAAAUGUCACCAAAACCUUUCAAAUUUCCCGCCAAACGUACCGCAACCAUUUUCCUUCUAACCACAACUGCCGCCGCCGCAUUUACUGUCAACUCCGACGAGUCCUCCCCUCUCGCCGCCGACAAAAUCAGAGCUCAAAUUCAUGGCAUCAUCCGCACCGCACGCGCCGUCUCCACAGUUGCUUCCACUGUCAUUGACUAUGAAUUCUCACUCCGUGGCCUCCCAAAGAACUCAGAUCAGUAUCGUAAAGCGAGUUCCCAGGUUCAUUUACGUUCUGCGGAGAGGUUUCUCAAGUUAUGUGAAGCUAACAAGGGGUUUUAUGUGAAAGCUGGACAGUUCAUUGCUUCGCAAAAAGUGCUUCCCAGAGAGUACUCUUCUACUUUGUCUUCGUUACAGGACCAGGUUGCUCCUCUUCCUUUUAAAGUCAUUGAGAAAGUGCUAAAGGAUAAUCUCGGACCUGAUUUCUCUGAGAAGUUUUUAUCCAUUGAUGAACAACCUAUAGGCGCUGCAUCUAUUGCUCAAGUUCACCAUGCCAUACUAAAAAGCGGUCAAGAAGUAGCAAUCAAGAGCAUAGUAUCACAUGGACUGCAAAAUGCUAAAAAAAAGUACUUCUGUCAUAAUCAGGUGCAAUAUCCUUGGAUAGAGCAGCAGAUGCAUUUUGAUACAAGAACAAUGUAUAUCCUAUCAAAAACUAUUGCAUGGCUAUACCCUCAAUACAGGUUUGAGUGGCUACCAUUAACAUUUGCCAAAACUGUCUCUUCAGAACUUGAUUUUGUUCAGGAGGCAAGGAAUUCUGAGAGAGCUACCAAAAAUUUCAGAAACAACAAAAUUGUCAGAAUUCCUCAUGUAUUCUGGGAGUUGACAACAAGGCAAGUUCUAACAAUGGAGUUUUAUACAGGACACAAGAUUGAUGACUUGGAUUUUCUGAGUAAGAUUGGGGUUGAUCCAGAAAAGGUAGCGAAAUCACUGAUUGAGCUGUUUGCUGAAAUGAUAUUUGUGCAUGGUUACGUACAUGGUGAUCCACAUCCUGGUAAUAUACUAGUUUCUCCUGAAGGCCGUAAUGGUUUUUCUUUGGUUCUUCUAGAUCAUGCAGUUUACAGGGAAUUAGAUGAAGAAUUUAGAAAAAACUUUUGUCAGUUAUGGGAAGCUUUGGCUCUCAAGGACUCAAAGAAAACAAUGUGGCUUGGUGAGCGAUUUGGUGCUGGGAAGUAUUCUCGAUACUUGCCAAUCAUUUUCACCGGAACAACUAUAGAAAGCAAAUAUUCUUCUGGAAUGUCAAUCAAGGAAAAAGAUACUAUGAAACAGGAAUUGAAAUCUCUGAUGUUUGAGGACCUGUCUUUUUUCAUGGAGUCUAUGCCACCAGAUUUUAUUGCUAUAUUGCGUGUAGAUGCACUGCUAAGGUCUACCAUUAGAAAGAUGGAUGUCUCACGGCUCAUUAGAUUGCUAACUUACACCAAAUAUGCAGUAUAUGGACGCCUCCAUCCAAAAUUUGACGGUGAAUUGUGUCAAAUGCCUGAAACAAAUGUUUAUUUUGCUGUGAAAUCCGUUUUCUUAAGUUUCAUAUCAACAUUAAAAUAUUAUCACAUCCUAAUCAAAAUUCUUAUUGGGGCCAUUGACAGUACCCCUUGGCAACAAAAAGUGAAGAAUGUACAUAAUUACCUGUAUCGCAAGUUUGGUUGUAGUGACUUAUGGAGCAUUCUAGUCCAUUCUGUCUUUCUUCUUUUUUGUAUGCGUCCAGCAUCAUAAUGCUUUGUUUUGAAUAUUGAAUUCUGUUUAGUCUAGAGGGAAAACUUGUCUAAUGGUAUACAAGCUCCAUCCUGAUGCAGCUUGCCAAAAAAAAAAAAACAGAGUUCCAUCUUUGGAUGCAUUCCAAAAGCAAGUUUAUAUUACCUUUAGAAUAACACAUUUUCUGUCAAAUGUCACAAACCGAGUAAAAUAAGCUAUCGAAUUAAAAACUUACACAUUGAAUGAUACAAGUUACAUAUUUUGUAUGCCAAAGUCACACUGAAGCUUCUAGCACUUAAUUUGUAAUUUUACUUUAUAGUGCGCCUUAUAAACAAUUUAUUCAGAUUUAUCUAUUAACAUGUGCAAUCAUGAGUAUUUAGAAGAGCUUAAAAAUGAUUUAUUAAUAUGUUUAUCAAUUUUAUCAUGUCGUCCCUUUUUAUUUUGGUGAAGGCCUACAUAACAAUUGAAAUUGUUAUAAUAUUUGGAAGACUCGCCAGCUGUCACACACUCGCGACUCUUUCCUGUUUAUGAGAAGAGUUUGUGAUUUGAACCACACAAGAUUAUGAAGAAUAAGUUAGGGAAUGCAGUUGCUCACUCUUUUCUAUUAAGGCUCGUGGACGUGUGAUUCGCAUCGUCCCAUAAAAAACACACAACGAAAUUCUUCUCAAGUCACUUAAUAAAUACUAAUGGGAACCACACUUUCAUGAGCCUUAAGCAAUGAAAAAUGGUGAGCGGGUGCAUUCCUUAACUUA